AUGAUGGACAAUAAAACAUCUUUCAAGGAUUUCCAGCUUUUGGCCUUCUCCAACAAUCCAGAGAGAGGGCCUCUUCUUUUUCUUGUAUUUUUCUUGAUCUACUUGGUCGGGGUUCUUGGGAACAUUGCUUUAAUCACGGUCACGUUUGUGGACGCUCAUCUUCAUACCCCAAUGUACUUCUUUCUUUGCAACCUUUCCACAGUUGACAUCAUUUUCACCAAUGCCACCCUGUCAAAGCUGAUGGAUAUUUUGCUUUCUGGGAAUAAAUCCAUGUCCAUCAAGGAAUGCUUCAGCCAGAUGUUCUUUUUCAUAUUUGCAGCAAGCACAGAGGACACCUUGCUGCCCACCAUGGCCUACGACCGUUACAUAGCCAUCUCCAACCCCUUACACUAUCACUCUAUCAUGAAUAACAAAUCAUGUGUCUUGCUUUUGAUUGCCAACUGGAUAUCUGGAUGUUUGAACUCAUUCAUCCUUACUCUGGCAGCAUCCCAUUUAACUCUGUGCCAGUCAAAUAAAAUAAAGCACUUCUUCUGUGAUGUUAAAGCUUUGCAGAAAAUAGCCUGCCCUGACAUAAUGUUUCUCAUCAUCAUCUAUGCCGAGGCAAUUAUACUAGGGCUCCUCCCAUUUCUGCUCAGUUUAAUAUCCUAUAUCAAAAUAAUAACGAUCAUUCUGGGCAUUAAGUCAAAAACUGGUAGACGAAAAGUCUUCUCCACCUGCUCUUCUCACUUCACUGUUCUUGUUAUUUUCUACGGGGCAGCAAUGUGCAUGUAUAUGAGGCCUCCUUCAGAACAGUCAGAAGAGUUUGAUCAGGUAUUUUCAUUGCUUUUUGUAGCCGUAACACCGAUUUUAAACCCACUUAUUUAUAGCUUAAGAAACAAGGAAGUUAAGGGAGCACUAAUGAGGUUAAUGGGACUUAGGAAAAGUGAUCAAAAAUGGUUCGACACAUAG